CAGCAGAUGUUAGUCCCGAGAGCCUCUCGCGUGCAAUUGUUCUCAGAAUUAAAUUUGUUUCAUCAACUCUCGUCUUGAGCGGAGCAGCCAAGAUGGCUUCAUGCGCGCUCUGGAGAUGGACUAUUAUAUUCUUGGAGCUCAUAAAACUCAAUCUUCCGGCUGCAGUGAAGCGGAAGAAAGACGGAGCCGACGAGUCCUGUGAAGGGUCGACAGACGGCUGCGUGGAGCGCAAGAAGAAGAAGGCCCGUACCACGUUCACAGGUCGCCAGAUCUUCGAGCUCGAGCGGCAGUUCGAGGUCAAGAAAUAUUUGUCAUCCUCGGAGCGCGCUGAGAUGGCCAAACUCCUCACCGUCACUGAGACUCAGGUGAAAAUUUGGUUCCAGAACCGACGCACCAAGUGGAAGAAGGUGGAAGGCGUGACCAACGCUGAGGCUGCAGAGCUCAAAAAUUCGACCUCCGCCAAAAACCGCAAAAGCGCCGCUGGUUCAGCGGCGCCCCUGCACGGCCUGGGGGCAGUGCAUGGCAAGCAGCCUGACGGGACGUCCAACAGGACGAUAUCUGAAGCCAGCAGCACCCCCGCCAGCCCAUCGCAGGCGAGCGCAGGCUGCGCCAGCGACGUCUCGAGUGGCGAGGAGACUUCGUCGUCCCUGGGCGCCCCGGACGGUCGCAAGGCGGUCUCGGUCUCGUACCCGCCGGCCGGUCUCCAUUGCCAGUCACAGUCGCUGCAAGCCAUGCGGCCGGCGAAUAAUACCUCUUUUUCUGCAGUGCGGGAACACUUCUUAGACUCUAGUAACUCCGUCAACGACACCAGCAGCCAUGCCCGAUGCGUGGUCAAGACGUCGUUGGAUGCAUCCAAACUCACACAAAAUGAGUCAUGUAAUAAAGCCAAGGAUUUAACAUUAAUUAGCAGUGACUUGGGAAUAAAGUGCAAUCUAGAAUCGACCGUUGACCAAGCUGCAAAUGUCCAAAGUCAUUUCAAGAACGUCAUGCAAUUGGCGAUAUCAAACCAGUCUCAGGAUUCUCCAGAUGUAAAGAAAAGAUUUGAAUCCUCUACUUCUGAACAAAAUGAUCACCUUCCUGAAGCUUCUUUACAGUCAUUACGUCUAAAGGACGACAAAGAAAAAAGUUUUCUUGUUAAAGACGAAGAGCUCAAUCAUAACAAAGAAACAAGCAAUAAUAAAUGCAACUUAAGCUCCAUUCGCACUGAGAAGAAUUCCCUAGGAUUGCAACCAGAGCAGCGCACUACGGUAUCAUCAGUUUGUGGCUCUAUAACAAACGAUGAGAAGAUGCAACCUAAAACAUCGCCUCAGAGAUUUGAGAGCAGUGUUGUUGAGCACGGCGCGCCAGGCGUAGAUCGAUCAUCCGUAGAUAAGCAUUCUUUGCAAAAUAAAUGGCGAACUCACGAAGAACAUCAAUCGAAACCUCCUCCAGGUAAAUCAUUUCCAGACUUGGUUAUGGAUAAACAAAAUACCAAUGAAGUUUGUCAGGUGCAAGCAGUAGCAGACACCAAUAAACGGGAAUUUCUGGCAGAUUCCUUAGCGAGAAGCGAAAAAUGCGAAAGGGAUGUAUCGAAUCCAACGUCAUCUUGAUAAUUUCGUGUCAUUGUAUUCAUUAAUUGGCGCUUUACUGGGUAUAACGCUGUCUGAAUUCGUCAACAAAGAGCUUCAACGACUGUGAAUGUAAAAAAAAGUACGUAGCUUAUCUUUUCUUGUGAAAACUUUAUGUAAAUAGCGUGUGUACGUAGACAAUUGCGUGUGUAAAUUAUUGCGUGUAAUGAAGCGUAGUUGAAGCCGAGAACUGUGCGCUCUGGUGCGGCAGGUAGAGGGUGGUUCCAGUGUAAGUGUAUUUAUUGUACGUCACAGAGAUGUACGAGCUUCAAAUGGAAGUCGGUGGAAUGUGCAAGGUGAAACUAAAUCAUCCUCACAUUAGAUAGUUUAAUGUUAUAUCAUCUCGUUAUGGAAAGUAUGCGUUUGAGUUCAAAAAACAGCUGCCUCAAAGUUUCCUGACUUUUCACUCCCGUCGUGAUACGUUCUUAGAAAUCUAGCAUCUUUGUCUAAUUGUGAAUAAUGUAAUUGUUCAGUGCAAUUUUUUUAGGUAUAAUUCAAUUUUAAAAUAUGUUCAUCAUGGAUAAUUUAUGCCGGAGAAAAUGUAUAAUUUUUAUCCACAAAAUAUUGACCAGCAAGUUCUACUAACAGCAUCUUCUGCUUGCGCGCAUUUUUAUUAGAUGUUCCACGGAAACUCUAUGGCUUGGUGCUGUUAUUUUUUACGGUGAAUUAAAUGGAAUGUUGGCCUGCGUUAAUUAAGAAAUGAAUUGAAUGAAGAAGGAGCUGAACGCAUCAUAAGUCAUUAUAAUCAGAAAAUUAAACAAAUUGUAGAAUUGGAGGCUCAUUUUUUCUAAUCGUUUAAUCUUUCACCUGUGUUCCAUUUAUGCUGUUGUUCUAUAUUUGGGUGGUCUGAUUGUAAUCUUGUCUAAUUUGCUGGUAACGGUAAUAUUCAGUGAAUGUUACAUACAUCGGUAAUCGAUUACGUACUUACUAAAUCAUUUCGUUUGUCAAUUCAUACAAAUAAAAUUUCUGCAGUAAAUAUAUUGGCCAUAUCUCAGGCUGAUCUAUUUGGUCUACGCCAGCUUGCUUUAAAAAGUGACAUCCUUUUAAUCACUUCAUCGUCAUGAACACUUCGAUUAAUUCCUUCCAUUUUUCAAUCGUGAUAUGCUGUUAUUUCAAUGACGGUUAUUUUCAUAACAUUUUUCUGCUGUUAAUCUCGAGUUUUUUAAGAUCACCUGAAAAAUUUGGCAAUAAAUCCAGAUCGUGGCAGUGCAAUCAAUCAAUUAGUAGAGGGAGUGCAAUCAUCAGAUAACGAAGACAGUGCAAUUAAUUUGAAUGUUUCAUUUUAUUUAUGGACAAUUAGACUAGACAAUUAGAAACACUAUUCUGUAUGCAAUAAAUGCAUUAAAUACGUGAUCCCCUGAAGGGAUGAAACUUCUCUGGUUUAUUCUUCACACAUUCUCUAUUUCAGUGGUUUAGAGCACUUGGUAAAAAUUCAUACAUUUUUAUGUAAGAGAAAUUCGACCCUUAUUUCAAGUAGACUAAAUUUCAUCUUUUUUUCAAAUUGCAGAAAUGUUCCAGUACUCGUCACAAAAAUUCUGUGUCGUUCGAAGAUAAUGUCGCCUUUCAAAUGAAUGUUUCCUUUAUUUUGAGAUAUUUGACUAGGUGGAGUAUAGGUUUAUGACAUACUUCUUGUGGUAUCCGAGUCUCAAGAUCAAUUUCCGGACGCGCCUCUGUUGUUGAUUUAAUAAUCUAAUGUCCGUGUCAAAUUUUAGGAGGCCGCUUUACAAUAUUAUCUUUGAAUUUGUAUCGGCUCAAUCAUUGAAUCAAUCACUAUUACUUUUGUCCACCAACUUGAACUGGUUAUCUGAGAACAUGAUGAGGGCAUAUUGGUAACAUUUUUAUUAAUAAUCGAUAAUCUGUUAUAGUAACUCUCUAAAAUAAAAAUGUGUAAAUACAAAAACAACGACGUUAGAGUGGUGUUUCAAUAUGAAUUUCAUAAAAAUUUAAGACAUAACAAAAGUGUUAUUUUGUUCCACAAUGCGUGGCUGUAGCACGACGUAUUUCGACCCUAUAUGCUAAGCGUCAGUCAAGGAUGGUGCUCUCGGUAUUAACUUUUUAUCUUGAAGCGAAUGUGAUUAAGAGUUUGGAUACACGUCUUGAAUCUCUGCUUAGUCAUCCUUUUUAAAACAUGUAUUUUUGAAUUAAGAAAAAUCUGUGUAGUUUUCGAACUUUUUCACCUUGAAAACGCUCACAUUUUUCACUCGCCUUGUAUUUUCCAUAUUGAAUAACUCCAACCCUUUAAUUUGGAUGGAGCAUAUUAAUUUAGAGCUUUUGUGUGCAAUACGUGUAUGAACAUUAUUUUCAAGGCAU